UGACAUUAAAGUGAAGACAAGUGAAGAGAAAAUGAGCGCAAAAUUAUCUCAAUCUCCGCAACAGUUUUGUAUGGAUUUUGUAAAAAAAUACGAUUUCGAGGGAUAUUUGAGUGCAAUUCUGGUGAACGAGUCGUCCAUUCGUCGCAAUGUGUUUGCAAUCAAAGCAUUUAACGCACAGUUGGCUCAAACUCGGGACAUGACAUCCAAUCAACUCUUGGCCCAAAUCAGACUCCAAUACUGGUCUGAUCUGAUCGAUGAGGUCUUCAGUGGCAAACCAAUUGGUGUGGACGUCAACGAACCGGUUGUUUAUGAACUCAAACAUGAUUUGGAGAAAUAUAGCGACACUUCUGUCUCUCCCGUCUAUUAUCUAAUUGUCGAGUGUUUGUCAAGUCUUCGGGACGUAUCUGUGAGUCAACGGAUAGAUUUGGACCACAUUUGCAGUCAUUUGGGUCGCGCACAGGGAUUAUGCAAUGUGUUGAGAGGCGUCGGACAUAACGCGAGGUAUAAUCGCUGUUAUAUUCCGUCCGAUCUUCUCAUCAAACAUAAGACAUCACACGAAGACCUAAUGAGAGGCAAUCCGACUGAUAAUUCAUGGCACGUGAGGAAUAAGGAUAACAUCCAAAGAGUGAAAAGAGACGAACAAAAGGCGAGAGACGAAGAGUCAGAGCGCGAGAAACGCGUCCUUUUGGCCGAAAGCGAGUCGAGAGUCGCUCUUCUCAGACAUCGACUCAAAGGCGACGACCGGACAGAAGAUGUCGUCCACACGGAAGACACCGACGGACACACGUCGGGCGCCGGCGGCACUCAUAUGGAUGUAUUCAAAGACUUUGGCGACAAAAUACGGACCAAAAACAGUGAUUACGAGAAGGAAGUGAAGGACGAGAAGGAAAAGUUUGAGACAAAGACAGGAAUACUUCAGUAUUUGGUGAAUAAG